GGACGUGAGCAUAUUAUACAUACAGAGUGGCCAAAAAGGGCAAAAAGAGACGACGAAACAAAAUCAAAGCCGUGCGUGAAGAAAAGGAAGACGAAAAAUCUUGAAAACCAAAACAAUACGACUUCUGUGCUGCUGAUUCAAGAACGAAGGAUAAGAAGAAUUUGAGAGGAAAAUAGGGAGAAAUUGCGCGUUGUGUAGAUGCAUGUCGGAGGAAUAACAGUGGAUCUUAACUGGUUCGUACAAUUCAUAUUGUCUUCUUUUUUAAUCGCCUUUGGAUUACUUCACUUGAUCAAGAAUACGGCCUCUAAGUACUUCGAGGUCGACGCAAAUUUCGAAGGCACCGAUCGUAAUAACCGCCACGCAAUGUCCUCCUCGCUUCCCGUCGAAAAAGAUGACUUCUCUUGUGUCGUCUGCGGCAAUCCUGGUACCAAAAAGUGCUCGCGUUGUAAAUCUGUUAGAUACUGCUCAUCAACAUGCCAAUCAACACACUGGAAAUCUGGGCAUAAGACAAAAUGUAAGGAUUAUGGCAAAGUAAAUUCAGUGCAGACUGUGAGAACUGAUUUUGAGUUAAAAGCUUCUAGUGGUGGGGGUAAAAACAUUAACGGAAUUGCUCUAGUUCCUGCCCAGGGAACCUGUAAGGUUUUCAAAAAUCCAGGAAAGGUUCUUUUUCCAUAUGAUGAAUUUGUGAAAUUGUUUAAUUGGAACAAGCCUGUAUUUCCUCCUUGUGGGCUUUUAAAUUGUGGAAACAGUUGCUUUGCCAAUGUGGUUUUACAAUGCCUCACAUACACAAGGCCUUUGGUUGCUUACUUGUUGGAGAAGGGCCAUAGGAGAGAAUGUAGAAGUGAUGAUUGGUGCUUCCUAUGUGAACUUCAGGCACAUGUAGAGAAAGCAAGCCAGAGUCAGCAUCCCUUUUCACCAAUGAGUAUCCUCUCACGGUUACCUAACAUUGGUGGUAAUCUUGGUUAUGGCAGACAGGAGGAUGCUCAUGAAUUCAUGAGGUUUGCCAUUGAUACAAUGCAAUCAAGUUGCCUUGAUGAAUUUGGUGGAGAAAAAGCUGUUAAACCGAGCUCUCAAGAGACGACACUUAUUCAACAUAUAUUUGGUGGCCACCUUCAAUCACAGGUGUUAUGUACAAAAUGUGGUAACAUUUCAAAUCAAUACGAAAAUAUGAUGGAUCUGACUGUUGAAAUUCAUGGGGAUUCUGCAUCAUUGGAAGAAUGCCUUGAACAGUUCACUGCCAAAGAGUGGCUUCAUGGAGACAAUAUGUAUAAAUGUGAUGGAUGCAAUGACUAUGUGAAGGCAUGGAAGCGUCUCACUGUUCGACGUGCUCCAAACAUUCUCACCAUUGCCUUGAAAAGAUUUCAGAGUGGGAGGUUCGGGAAACUGAACAAAAGAGUGACUUUUCCUGAGACUUUGGAUCUUAACCCUUACAUGAGUGAAGAAGGAGGGGGUGCAGAUGUUUACAAGCUUUAUGCUGUUGUUGUCCAUGUGGAUAUGCUGAAUGCAUCUUUUUUCGGUCACUACAUAUGCUAUGUCAAGGAUUUCAGUGGAAACUGGUACAGAGUUGAUGACUGCAAGGUUAUGAGUGUGGAACUGGAAGAAGUGCUUUCUCAGGGAGCAUAUAUGCUUUUGUAUAGCAGAGUUGCACCACGGUCUUCUUAUUUAACUACUAGUGAACCUUCAAGUAAGGAGGAGCUGAAAGCGGUGAAUGGGAAAUUGGAGAGCCCAAAUGGAAAUGAAUGUUUCUCUCCCAUGGAGUCAAAUGUUCUCAUCAGUAGGUCCACAUCCUCUUCGUCGGAUGAUGCUUCGCACUUAAGGGUUUCUGUUUGCAGAAAUGAGUCAGCUAGUGGCAUUGAUUGUCCACCUGUAACAGAACUUACUGAGAAUUCUAAUGUGGGUAAGGCCCAAUCAAGUGCAAUUGCUUCUAAGCAGGUUUCCAGUGAUGAAAACAAGUCAUCUUCUGCUCAAGUUGCAAGAGAAGAUCCAGAGGAUGCUGAUAUGGUAAAUAAUAGCGACUCAAGCUCAUCUGAUGGGAAAGAUCUUUCUAGCUGCAAUGAAAAACUGCAUUUUGUGAUUAGUUCUGAAACUGCUAGAGAAGAUCCACAGGAGGAUACUCAAAUGGUUGAUUCUGAACCUUACUUAUCCAGUUAUACAGAGGCUUCUGGCUGUGAUGAUGAUUCACAUAUGGCAAUUGAUUCCGAAGCUGCCAUAAAAGAUUCAGAAGACAUGAAUAUGGUUGAUUGUGAUACCAAUCCAUUUCUCGCAAAGGAUAUAAAAGUUUGUGGUAGUACGUGCUCUUGUCCCAGUGAGACAUCUCCAGGUAGAGCUCACAAUUUGGAAAGUUUGGUUGUGGGGAAUGGUAAUGGGGUCGAGAGAAGUGGAAUAUCAGAUGAGAAUUAGUUCAGAAUGAUAUUAUCGCUUGCAUUUGUCCCACUAAUUUUUUGUUCAUAAUUUUUAACCAUAUCAACCUGGUCUUCGAAGGAAGAGGCUGAGUUGGGAGUUUUGAUCUGGGGUUUCAAUAUUUGCAGAAAUCACAGAUGUAAUUGUAGUGAUUUUAUAGAUGGACUGGGUAACUUUUUUAGUGAUACAGUUUGAAGAAUGUCAAUACUUUGAGAGCAGGGUUCUCUUCUUUAUAAAUGUGGCUUUUUGUUAGUGUUUGAACUAUGUAUGUGGAAGCCAUAUAUCUGUAAGUGGUAGAACAUGACUCUCUGGCUAGAUGCCAAUAUGUGCUAAUUUGUUGAACGUUUAUCCUUUAUUAGAUAAAAUAUUAAUUAAAUUCUAUUUUCAUUUUA